GAUGGAACUGGUGAUCCAAAUAUAUCUCAGGUUUAUUUUAAAGAAAAAGGUGUAGAAAAGAUUCCUAUCAUGAAUAUUAGAGGGAACAGGUUCAAUGUCUCUUUUUACAAUGCUGCAGGCACAUUUUUUUUGCACAAACUUUUGUUGCAGUAUUUUCAUUCUUUAAAGACUUCUUAUAGUUUUAUUCAGAAUUGUAUUGUUUUAUCAUUGCAAAACAAAAUUAUUUUGUCACUUUUAAAAGCUUUGGGAAUUUUAUGUAAACUUAUUACACAACCAUAUUUAGUAAAAGCAACAGAAGUGAAAAAUAUUUUGGACAUGGGUUUGAUUUACCAAAGAAUUUCAACUAUUUUAGAUAUGUUUUCAGAAAAUCCAAUUUUAGCAUUGAAAAAUGAAGUGAAGUUCUUUUAUGGGCCUGAAUUGUAUGAUGGAGUUUCAGAAUUUUUAUUUCAAACAUCAAUUUAUGAUGACCUCACUUGUGUAUUUUUAAAGAAAUUAUGUAUUGUUUUUAAUGCGAAAGUCAAAAAGAUUUUUAAUGAAUUUCUUGUUGGAGGAAAGUAUUUUAAUGUUAAUUCAGAUAGUUUAGAAGAAUGUUCAUCCUGUACAACUAAUAAUAUAUGUCUUGAAAGACUCAUGGGUAAACUUGAUUUUAAAUUAAAUUCAGCUCCAGUUUCAACUUUAAAUACAAUUGAAAGCACAAUAACAUUUAGUGAUAACAAGACUCAGAAAUGGAUUGAAGAGAAGGAACAACAUGAACAGAAAAUGAUUAUUGAAAAUGCUAGAAAGGAAAAUUUACAUUUCAUGAAGAUAGAAAAAGAGAGAAAAGACCAUUUAUAUGAACAACAGGUACAAAUAUUGAAAGGAAAAGAAGAGGAAACACAGAAAAAAAAGGAAAAAAGGGUGGAGGAAUUAGAUGGUGCUAUAAGUGACAUAGAAAAACAUGGAAUGUGGGAAGAUGUACAAUAUAUGGAAGAACACUUGAGUAAAUUAAAGACAAAAAGGGAUCAAAUGACAGCAAUCAAAAGACAGAUUAAUAUAUACAAGAAAAUAUACAAAGUUGACAAGAAAAACAAGCACCUUCUGCAGUUCUCAUCUAAAGGACAAAUAUAUAGCAUUGCGCAGCUGAAAGAAAAUUUGAAAAUGCUUUGGACUUUGAGAAGAAGUAUUAACAACUACUCGGUUAAGGAAUUGGUAAAUAAGGAAAUCAUUCAUACUUGGACAGAUGAGAAUGGGGAAAACAAAGACUGGGAAGGAAAGAUUUUGACACAUAACAAUGGCGUGUUUAAAGUUCUAUAUUGGAAUGAUAAAGAAAAAAGAAAAAGCAGUGUCUAUGAGCUGACAGAAAGAGAAAUAAACACAGACAUAGAACAGGGAAAUUUGUUUAUCAAAGAUACAACAAAAUUGGACCAUUGUUACACAGCAUUUUGAAAAAGACUAUAGAAACAAAGUGUGGAAUAGCUACCUU